GAGCCGUCAUUCUUACGGGGCCAGCAAAAGGAGAAAUUGCAUUUAUUCCAAGAAUUCCCGUGAUUCCGUCGGACUUGCCGUUUCCGUUCAAACGGCUUUAAUUCUCUGUUAAAGUUUCUUUGGCAAUCACGAUAAACAAAGCUCAAGGUCAAACAUACAGGUACGUUGGCGUAGGUCUUCGAACACAGUGUUUUUCACAUGGACAAUUAUACGUGGGAUUUUCUCGAACUGGGGACCCGAAGCAUCUUAUGAUUUUAAUUUCAACAGGAGAUAAAACAAAAAACGCCAUAUACUCAGAAGUUUUAUAAAAUUCUUUAUCAACCGUAAAUUACUCAGCAUUUCUUUUGUAUCUGCAUUCAUUUUUAGUAAAAAUAUAUUUGUCAUUAAUCCCGCUUGAAACAUUUCAAUACGUUUUCAUUUACCGUUUUUUUUUUUUUUAUAUUAAUUUGCCGAUAUUAUUAAACGAUAGAAUUUGAUUAAAAAGUUCUAUAUAUCAUUAUCCAAAGGCAAAUUAAACAACCAAUCACGGGUGAAGCCGUGACGGGUCGGCUAGUAUAUUUAUAUGAUUCUAUGGAAUAUGUAUGUAUUAUCUUUAAUUAUACCUUAUCGUAUUGACAUAUUCCGUGGUUAUACGUAAUCGUAUUGGCGCAAUUAAGACAAAUAUAAAAAAUAGGAAUUUGGAAGAAUUAUUUUGUGUUUUAAUGUUAGUAUUAUUUACUAUUUAGCUAUAGAGUGGGGGGGGUUACAGUUAGGACCCACGGGUCUAUGAUAAAUCUACAGUUAAAACCCUAACCGAACUAUAAUCCUCUGUGCGUUACUAGUGGCCACUCUUGUAAGUAGGAAGUUAGGAAGGUAGGAUAUAGAGGGGAAUUUAAUUUAUAUCUGUAAACAACGAUCAAUCAUUGCUUACGAAAAACAAUUAUGAGCGGAGUUUGGUCAUUAGUAUUGCUUUAUUAACAAUGUUUUUACCAAUGAUUACCUUAUUUUUAAUCUUUCAAUUUUUUUAAGCUAAAGAAACAGUUUUUCCUCAUUAUUUCCGAAAAUUAAUAAGCAUUUCAAAAAAUUACCUUUUUGAAGUACAAACCAGAGUCAAAAUGCAACAAAAAAGAUAUUUUGUCAUAUUUUGAUUUCUAAAAAUUUCUAAGAAAAAAGUUGUUUACAGACAGAAAAAAAAUACACAUCAUAGUAAAACAAAUAGAUUCUUCGUUCCUAAAAAAGGAAUUUAAUAAUACUUGUAUAUUCUAAAAUGUAAAAUAACAAAAACAGAUUUAACAGUACUAAAUCGGAAACAAAUCGUCCAUACUAAAAUUUAUAAGUAAAGGCUUAAAAAUGCCCAUUACUAUCGUAGCUACUGUGUCUUCAAGCAACGGUUUGAUUUCCUGCAUUAGGUCCCUCCAAUUCUCGUUUAUGAACCGAUUAGUUUGAUCACCUAUUAUACACAAAAUUAACGAUUUUCCAAAAAAUGUUUGAAUUAUAAUUUAAAAUGUUUACCUAAUUCUUUAUUACCAUUGAACAAAUUAUUGAAACGUAAUUUUACUGCACCAAUUAUCAAACUCACUUUAUUUUCUUUAAUUUCUAUAAAAGUUUUGUUGUUUUUUUUUUCGAGAUAUUCUAAUCCAAUUUUAACUUUUGUUUGUAUAUUAGCUACAAAAAAAGUAUCAAAUAAAACUUAUUUGUUAAAUUAAUGUAAUAAAUUAAAUAAUUUUAUAAUCACACUCAUAACAAAAAAAGUUUCUGAACUAUUCAAAUUUAAAAAUAUAAUUUUGAAUAAAAUUUUCAUUAUAUGGAUUCCGUUUAAUUGAAUAGAAAUUACCCAUCAUACUUUUAAAAAUACUUACUGAAAUUUCCAACAAACUUGCCGUUUCCUUUAAUAGGUAGUAAUAAUAUUUGUCCAUUGACCUCGUAUUUGGAUUCAAUUCUGAACGACGGAAAAUAUAAAUCAAUUUCCAUAGAUUUUUUUUUUAAAUCAGCUCUAUAAAAAAUAUGAUUUACUACAUUUUUUAAUUUGAAACAAUAAGUACCUACCCCGAAUAUUAUAAUAUUAUAUAUAUGUGAAUUAUAUCCUGUAUUUGAUUUCAUGUAAUUUAUUUAAAAUAACAAUUUUAUAUGUCACGCAUAUCUAUGUUGUCAUUCUUUUAUUAUUUAAAAUAAUACAUUUAUUGUUUUUUCUACAACUCCAGUUAUUUUAGUCAUUAGUAAAGUUUACAUAACAAAGCUAAUUUAAAACAUUUAAUAUCCUUUAAAAAUUGAUACACACAGUCUGUCCCACGAAAAUAUACCUUGAAUAUCUUUGGAGAAAAUAGAGAUAAUCAAAUUCUGUUUUUUUAUAUUAUUCACAGGGUUGAGGACUACAAAUAUUUAUAUAUGAAUUUAAUUUUUUUGUUUUUAGUACAGAUAUAAAAUACUAGAUAGCUAACUUGUCUACAUCAGGAUAUGAAGUGUUGAAGUCAGCCACCAUAUGUAUGUGGGUCAAUGUUUACAUAAUUGUCUUAUUAAUACAGUAUGAUAAUAUGACAAUAUUCGCACAGAAUAAAAUCGCAGUUUUUUAAUUUAUUUGUAUAAAAUGCGUUUUGAAUUUUAUCUACGUUUAGUUUUAAUAUUGUUCAUUAGUUUAAUGUUGUUUUUAGCUAUUAUAAUUGUAUGUAUUAUUACAUAAAUAUUCUUUAUAAUAUAACAGGGUAUGUAGUUCGUAAAAUUUCAAAACAUAUUGAUUGUGUUAGUUGCAUCCAAUCACUACUUUUAAGUCAAACUUCUAUCAUAAUUAUCCUGUACCUCAGUUGUAUACUAAAUUAACUUCUUUAAAAAUCCUUAUUUUUAUCUUCCGAGAGUUCAUAUAAAGUAAUUAUAGAGGUAGAUAAAUACUAUUUAUAUUUAACUAUUAACUUAACUCAGAUCAAUGAAUUCAAUUUACAAAAAAAAAAUUUUUAUGUCAUUAAUAAAUUUGCGUUGGAUUUAAGUAUUUUUAUAUUUUUAUAUCUUGAAUUGUAAAAAUGUAGGUUAUUGUAAUCUUGUAAAACGAUUUUUAAGCAUUAGAUUGCAAUCAUACAGUAAGCAAUUGUCUAGUAACAUUUUAAACACGGCCAAUCAAAGACAGAAAUUAACAAAAACAAUAUUAUUUUAUAACCAGUAAUGCAUAUUAGUUUAAUAAUAAUAUGUAUUGUAUUUUGUAUUACAUGUUUAAUACUAGGUAUUUUUAGCCAUUAUAUUAUGCAAUAAUUUUACUUUGGUUUGUAAUGCUGUUGUUAUUUAAUAAAAUAUAAAAAAUAUACAUUUCUAUUAAAAAUGUUGUUUUUAAUGACAAGGACUACACAUAAUAUCCAUAUUUCAUAACCAGAUAUAAACGUAUUUUGACCAUCAGAUUGUUAUCAUGUUGUAUUGAUAAGACAAUUAUGUAGACAUUGGUCUACACGCAUAUGUCAGCUAACUUCAAUUUUCGAUAUCUUGUUCGUUAUCUAGUAUUUUCUAUCUGUGGUUUUUAGUAAAAAAUUAAAAAAUAACUUUUGUUUUAAUAUUUAAAAAAAAUAAACUAUACAGAAUGGUUAUUACAACAAUUUCCGAAAAUAAUAAAACAAAGUUAUUUUUUAAAUUGUUUUGCUAAAACAAAAACAUUUAAUUCCAAUAUAAAUAUUUGUAAUCCUUAUCACUGUGAGUAAUACAAAAAAACAGAGUUUAAUUAUCUUAAUUUUCCCUAGAGAUAUUCAAGGGAUUAUUAUUAUUAUUUUUGCCUUUUUUAGACAUGGUAAAAUGUUCAAAAAAUUUAAGCCAUUUUUGAAGUAUUUAUAAGACAUUUUAAUUUUGAGAGUUUUGUACGUAAUAUUUAUUCGGUAGGUAUACUGUGGUAAAAUUGUUAGACUUGAACAGAAAUGUUUCACAAUUUAACAGAAGUUUAAUUAGCAGUCUUACUUUGUGGUAAAAAAAAAAUAUUAUAAAGAAAAUAUUAUGUGGAUCCUUCCCAGAAAAAUUCUUAAAUACGUCAAUGCUAAAUCGACCAACGAGUUAUAGUUGAUUUAUUGUUACUUUUACAGAUACACAUUAAAAUAUUAAACUAUCUAAAACAGUGAAUGCAUUCAUUUCCAUUAUCCAGGACAGCCUUUUAAUCUUUCAAUCUUUUUUCAAGCUAAAGAACCACUUUUUCCUUAUUAUCUCAAAUAGUAAAGAUAAUUUGGUACUUUCUGAUUCUGAAGUACCAACUUAAAUCAAAAUGUAACAAAAACAUAUUUCUUGUUAUGUUUUGAUUGGAGCAAGAUUUUAAGGAGAGAAAGUUUACAGACAGUUGUUUAUAGACAGAAAAAAAUACACUUCAUAGUAAAACCAAUAGAUCCCUCGCUUCACUCAGAAUUUAAAAAAUGCAUAAUCAUAAAGUAUCCAAUGGGUAGGUAAUUUAAAGCCUGAAUGAUAAAUUCUUUGAUUUUUUAUUUAAUUAUUUUUUUAUGUAAAAUUCAUAAUGCAUUUAAACUGUAAGUGUACUAUUAUAUACCAUAUUACCAAUAUAACUUGCAUAAUUUUCUGCACUUGAUAAUUUUUCGCUCCGUAACCUUUUAAAUUUGUAAAUAAGGCAGUAAAAUUCACCGAACCUUGACCUUGAUUUAAAGUUACAGACGGCACCGACAUUGGAUCUAAAGGUAAUAUCUGCAUUUCUGGCAUUCCUUUACUAGUAAACGGUCGAAGAGUUUCAAAUAUUUUUUUCAAACACUCGUUUAUAUUUGGGUCGUCUCGCUUGCAUGGUUUGAUAAAUGAAGCUAAAUAAAAAAUGGAUAGUAUUUUAGAAAUUAAGUUUUAAAUUUCGAAAUGAAUACGAUUAUGUAUAUUUAAUACUUACGCAUACGAAACUGACGACAGUCGUUUCCACUAAAAACACAUACACAUAAAAAUAAUAUUAUGUUUUUAUUAGUCAUAUCGAUUUUUAAUAAAGAGCUAGAUAAAUUCAAUCUUCGACGAUCAAUAGCUAACUAAUUUAUGUGAAAUAUUUUAUAUAGUAGCUGGGUACUUGAAUAUAUACGAUUAGCGACACUGAAUACCUAACAACCUUUUAUUUCCUCAAUAUAAUUAGGUAAAUGGUAAAACCUACAGAAUUUACCAGACAUCAGGUUUAUUGUCAAGGUCUUAACUUAAAAUUAUUACACUAGUUUAAGGAUAUUAGUGACUAAAAGGUUUUGUAAGUCAUUAUCUAUAUUUAACGCCCGAGGAAUAAAUAUGAAAACAUGUCAAUUAAAUAACCGAGUGUUUAAAUAAAUUAUGAAAACGAUUAUCAUUAUAAAGAUAUUCAAAAAAAAAAAAAACGUCCUAGGGUAAUGGGGACGGGUACAGUCAAUAUUAUAGAUAAUUUAAUGUAAACAACAAUAAACCAUUGCUUACGAAAAUUCGAUUCUGAGCGAUGUUCAGUUAAUGGUAAUGUUUUGUCAACAAUAUAUAUGUUAUUUUAUAGUUAAAUAGGUAAUUAAAUAAGUUUUAUAUAUUUUCUUUAAUAAUGUUUGUUUAAUGUUAUACUGAUUUUCUCAGUUUUCUACGUUUUUCCCGGUUUUUCAUAUUUGAUGAUAAAUCUCCUGAGAAGAUCGAAAAAUAAUCUCUUUAAAGUACUUCUCCAAUGAAAUUUUCUAUUAGAAAUAUUGCUGUCAUUAAAAGUUGGAGCAAAAUUGCUGGUAGAAAUGUUAUGCACAGAAAAAAAGUAGGCCGUUAUAUAUAGACCUCUUUUAAGUACCUUCCUACACCAAAUUUCUUUCAAAAAAGGCGCUACACUUAGAAAUCUGAGCUAGUCUUCUAGUAGAAAAGUUGUUAACAGAAAAAAAAAUAAAUUAACAAAUAAAUAUCUUUUUAAAACCAUAAACUUCUUCGCUCCACUCAGAAUCUAAAAAAGGAAUUUCUUGAACAAUAUUAAUGACAAUAAUAAUGUAUUUGGAAGCUAUAACUGCGUAUUAAAAUUAAUUUUAGAAUCGUAACUUACAAAUCUUGGUAAAAGAGAUUGAUUUAAGGACUAGAAUAGGAAGUUCCCGGGAAGGUCGAAAUGCUUUCUAACAGAAAUCACCAGGCAUCAAUGGGGAUCUAAACAGUCGGUUUUCGAGACUGUCUGUGCUGUUAUGGAGGCUGAAACGUAUUUGUUUUCACUUAAAAUAUUAUGACUCAUAAACAGUAUAUCUAGUAUAAUACGAGUAACUAUUAUGCACAUCAACAUUUUUAGAAAAUUAUUCUUUUUCAACUUUAUGUUAAAAAGUGGGGAGGUUGUUUCUUGAAAACAAAAUUGUAUACUCAUUCAAGAUAUAAGGAGUAAGGAUAAAAUUUUUAAAAUAGUGUUAAAGAAAACAAAGCUCACACAAUUCCACAUUGAUUAAAAAGAAAACAGAAAUUAAUUUUUUUCUAAGAAAAUUGUUGUAUUAUGAUAAAAGAACCACUCUGUAUAUAUAAUAAAUGAUAUAAUAUGCAUAUUGUAUACGUAUAUUCUAAAUUAGCGUAUUAUCGUUUAUAAAGAAACAUAUAAACAAAAUGUAUUGUAACGUAUUAUGUAUUGUGUAACGUAUUAUAGUACAUUGAUAUACAUAACACAUAUUAUAGUAUACCUUUUUAAACGCGGAAAACUAAAAUUGUUUGUAUAUACAAUCAUUGUUGCGUACAAAACAAUUUCCCAUAUUUAGAUUUAGUAUGUACCUUGUUUUAUUAUUUUAGUUGAUUAUUUUAGUGUCUUCACUUCAGUUUAGUGUUUGAAACAGAUUAAGCAGAUUUGAGGCAGUGCCUACACACCUUAACAUAGAUAUUAAGUAUUAGAAAAAAUGACAAGUACUAGUUAUAGUUUAUGUUUUUUGGCACUUUUAAUUUUUACAAGCAAUAUACGUUCCGAAAAUGAAUUAAUCAGCCAUACGCAAUUGAAGAAGCUUCGUACGUUAAACUAUAAAGAUAAUAUAAUAGUAAUAUAUAAAGUUUAACAUUAUUUUUUUCAGAUAAUAUGUUACGGACGUGUCACCGGAGUGAUCCGAAUCUGAACGAUUGUUUAAAAAAAGCCAUUGAGGAUCUCAGGCCUUAUCUCGCUGAAGGUAAUACAUUUUUUUUUUUGUAAUUCUUUUAAAUUUUAUGGAUGAAUUUAAAUAUUCUGCCACAUUAUUGGCUAGACUAUAAUCAGUAGUUUGUUAUUAUCUAACCAGUUUUAAGUACUAUAGAGUAUACUGUCCAUUAUAAUUAUUUAUUCAUCAAUUUUACUAUGUAAAUUUAGUCGAACAUAUUAUGUUAAAACUAUUAAAAGAAAUUAAUUUUGAUUUUCACUCUAUUAUACAAUAUUAUACUCACAGAAUAACAUAAUAUAUCUAUAUGUUUUAUUAAAAUUAAAUUAUCCCUUGAAGUACUUUCUGUAAAACGUCAUGUAUAAAAUUAAAUAUUAAAAAGUAUUUUUUCAUAGAUCUUAAACUAUACCCAUAAAAGUGUAUGCAUUAACAUUUGAAAUGUAGGAUUGUUCUACAUAAAAUUUAAAGCGUUGUUGCAUGUAGGACAAAUAAAUAAAUGUACAUUAUCCCCCCUAUGUAGGACGGUUGGCAACCUUACCUAUAACCCUUUGCGAUUUGGUUUUUAUUCUGUUUUAUUCAUAUCAGGAAUCCCGGAAUUGUUUAUUCCCUCUUGCGAACCACUAUAUAUACCCGAAAUUGUAAUGAAUCAAGGAAACAAAGGUAGCGUCAGUGUACAAUCAAUUUAUCGAAAUAUUCGAGUGUAUGGACCAAGUCAAUUUGUAUUGAAGAGUGUUAAGUAAGUUCAAAAUAUACAUUUGAAAAUAAUAUAUCAUCAUUUUGUAUGUAAAAUAUUUUUAAAAUAAUAGAAUUUUUAUUAUAUAAAUUAUAAAUGGGUAUUUAAUAUAGACAUACCGUUUAGAAAAACUAAACAUACUUUUUAAAAUUGAUGUUCGGAAAAUAAUGUACAUAUAAUUGCUACUCAGUAUCUGUGCGUGAAUAAAAUGUAAGGGGAGACUUAACUUUUGUGUAACUUUUGGUUAUUUAUAUAAUAUAUUUUUACUUGCGAUAUUAGUAUUUAUUCAAUGGCGUAUCCGAUUAACUUAGCUUAGAUUAAUUUAGUUUUAGAUUCCGAGCAUAGCGAGGGAGUUAAUGGUUUUACAAUGCUGUUUAUUUCUUUUUUCUUCUUCUUCUAGUCUGUGGACACUUUUUUUCUUGUAAACUUGCUUCGAUUUUUACGUGUAGCAACUUUUUUGAAAGCUCAAGUUAUCUAAAUGGUACAUUAGAGAGGUCGUUGAUUUUCAACGUCAUUUUUCGAUUAAAAAUACUUAAAUGGGAAAAAACGUAGGAAAACGUAAAAUUGUAUUGCUUUAUAAAAAACGGAUGACGUUUUCUACCAGAAAAAAUGAUUUAAUUGAAAAAUCACUAGACAACUUCUUUAUUGUCUUUUUGAUUUUUUUUUUUCUUAUGGUAUCAUCGCCAAAAUUGUUGAACCACUUUUGAGCUUUUAAGGAAUUUUAAUUUUUGGAAGUUUUUUGCUGUAAUUCAGUUAUAAAUACAUGUAGAGACUUGAAAAUUGUUAACAAUACUUAUAUUGGACUUACCUAGGCGUGAUAAAAUUUUCAAAAUCAUCGGACGACUAAACGAAAAUCGCAAAAAAAAAUUACGGCACUUCAAUUAUGUAUUACUGAAUUGCGCUUGGAAUCGUUUUUCGUCAAGCAAUGGUUUAUCGCUGCUUACAAAUAUAAAUGUAAUAACCUUAUAAAUCCUACCUUUCCAACUUCUCACCUACAAUAGUGGCUGCACCCGUCCCCAGUAUCAGCUAUUUUUUAAAUUUACAUCCUUCAUCAUACAUAAAUGAAUGAAAUUUGUUGUCAAUUGUAUGUAAUGUACAAUGUUUUAAUUCUAUAUUAUUAUUUUUUAAUAAAAAAACGCGGGAAGUUUACGACGCAUAUGUACACAAUAAAUACGGAAUAACGUGUCACCCGGUGGUAGAGACUAUUUUUUUAUAAAAUUGUUUUAUUAUUUUUUAUAGUCUCAUGGACUCCAUACAAAAAUCAUUAUCGCUGUGAUUCCGCCCCACCGCUGAACUUUUAUUUACCACUUAUCUAUUAAAACAGAGAUUGUCGAUCGACCGUCUCAUUCGUUUUACGACCGUGUCGUCUGUCGUAAUCGCUAAUUCUGAAAAUACCUCAGAACGUAUAUGCAGUAAUUCAUACCUCUACACACGACACGAUGGAGAUAAUAUUUAUGUAUACAUACAAUAAACAAUAUAAUAAAUAUAUAUAUAGUAAAUAUAGGUGACAAAAGUAGAUUUUCACAUACAUUACACUAAUAAUCGAAAAUAUUUUUAAAAACAUUACAUAUUUUUGUAAUGUUAUAAUUAUUGGGGAGACGCCACCUUAAAGUUUCUUCUGACGUAUUGCUCCUGUUGCUACUUAAACUUUAAAAUUUGUCUACUAAAUACUACUAAAAAUAAAUUAAAAAAUAUAAAACUUCCAAAUAGAUAACAAUUCGAAUAAACAUGUUUUGUUUCAAAAGUAAGAACCUUCAUAUUAAAAAAUAUUUUCGUUAAGUGGUUUAUUUUGACAAAAAUUAAUUUAAUAUUUUAUUUUCUUUUUACAUUAUUUUUUUUUUUUACUGGAGACCAGCGUUUCUUAACCUGUAGUACGCGUACCACUAGUGGUACUUGGAUAGCUCAUAAGUGGUACGUGAAGAAAUUUUUUGAUAAAUGAAAAAAAAAAGUUAUAGUACAGUUUAUUAAUCCGAAAAUAUUAAUAAAAAUAAUAACCAAACAUAUUUAAUUUUACUUUUGUGUAUGUAUUUUUGUAUUUAAUGGUUACAUAAUUAUGUAGAUUAAAUAAUAAAAAGCUCCAUACAUGUAAAAUAAAUUACACAUUUUACUUUUUGAUUAGUAAAAAAAAAAGUUGAAUAAUCGUAUCAAGUGAUACGUGAAAAAUGUCAAAAUGUGUUAAUGGUACGCGGAUAUAAAAAGGUUGAAAAAUGCUGUUGUAGACAUAUCCGUGAAGGUUGGCCUCCCGACUUUAUCCGAUCGAUUCGAAAAGUGUGCCAAUAUUUUGCAAAUUAAUUGCAAAUAAUUUUAAAUUGAUUUUUAGAAUUUGCAAAUCAACACUUUUUUUUCGCGAAUGUUUGAAAACAUUUUGAAUCAAAUAGUUCAUUCAUUAAUACCCAAUCAUUUUUUAAUUAAAAUUAUUUUUUAUGUCAUAGUGUAGUUUAUACGCGACUAGUUUUAAGCAUAGUAAUCAUAAUUAAUUAUAAUAACAAUAUAGGUAGUAAGAACACGGCCAGAAAGAUAUGCCGAGAUGACAGAAUAGAAAUAGGUACUUAUCCUAUAUAACACAACAACGGUCACGAGAAAGGGGCUGUUCAAUUUCACAAGGUUUGAAGAACAGCAGUUGUGAGUGACGAUUGUUUGUUAAAAUCUAACUUGAAAAGUUAAUUUUCUGUAUUCAUUGUUAUUUUAUUUUACUUUAAACUAGGAUAAAACUAAAAUACACUAAGAAUAUUUUAGUGAUAUAUCCCACCGAGAUACGUUUGUGGCAAUGAACCACUUUUUCUAUAUAGUAGAACAGUAUUGUACUAAUAUCUCAUCCCAAUACUCGUUAUAAUGGUUAGUUGUUUCGCGGGUAAAGCGACUUAAGAGUUAUAUGGUAUAAAUCCUGAGAAUUUCUGAAUCAAGAUUUCUUUUGUGCAGUAUUCGUUAUCUUGGUCACCAAAAGAGUGGAUUGUUUUAGUUUCUUUGUCACAGGUAUCGAUAUUUACUCGUUUGACGGUCUGGGGAAUUUGAAAACCAAAAAUAUCUGUUGCACGCGUCAACCCUUUGCGUGGCGCAUACAACAAAGUAGCACGGCCCACUUUAACUAAAUAGUACUCGUUAUCGUGGUCAUUUAGUCCACAAAUCUAGAGUAGGUAACCAGUGUUUAGAACGUCGUGGCGCACAAGGAGUUACAUUUCCUUGGUCGUUCGGUUAGUAAAGCUGGUUACCGAAGGUUUUGGGGUUCGUUCAAAUACUUACGGCCGUAUGCGUCCAAUGUAAAACCUUGCGUACACGACAAUAGGCACAAGAAUGAUCAUCAAAACUAAUAGUCGUUUGUUGUUGUAGUUGGUCUAUUUAUAAUAAAAGACACUCAGGUUUUUAAUAUAAGUAUUAACUAAAACUACGGGUCUCUAUUAAUUUGCAAAAUAUUGGCAUACUUUUCGAAUCGAUCGGGCAAAUUUGGGGGGGGGGUUGUGUAAAGUUUGUCCUAAAAAGAUUUCGGGUUAUAAAACUGGAACGACUUAUUUGCAAAUUCUGAUAAUUAAUUUGCAAUUAUUUGCAAUUAAUUUGCAAAAUAUUGACAUACUUUUCGAAUCGAUCGGAUAUAAUCGGGGGGCCAACUUCACGGACAUGCUGUGGUCUAUUUAUAUUAUAAUAAAUUAAUCGUGAAAAGUGUUAAUAAUAUUAAAUAUUUUCAUAUUAUAUUGCAGAGUGGAUAUGGAAAAAGAAAGACUUCAAAUUAAAGUAUGGUUACCUUUUUUGCAUAUGACGGCCAAUUAUUCGAUUGAAGGCAGAAUUCUCAUGUUACCCAUUUCUGGAGCUGGCCUAAGUGAAGGAAAUUACAGUAAGGCGUUUUAAAUAUGUUCUUGUCGGAUUUUAAUUCGUUUUCCUCAUAAUUUUAGAUUCUGAGUGAAGCGAGAAAUCUAUGGUUUCACUAUAUUUUAUUAUGAUGUGUGUGUAUUUUGUAAAAUUUUAAAUUCAAAUUUAAAGUUUUUUUUUUGUCUGUAAACUUCGCUCCGAAUCGUUUUUUGUUAGGAAUGGUUUAUAAUUGUUUACAAGUAUGAAUUAAAUAACUAUGUAUCCCAACUUUCCCACUACCCACCUACAACAGUGGCCACACCCGUCCCCAGUAUUAGCUUUUAUUUUUUUAUUGAUUUUUUGUGCCUGUGAAUAACUUUUCAUCAGAGCAGAUAUCUUGCUCAAAUCUAAAAACGACAAGAGAGCUUUUUUGUAGCAUCCAAAAUAUCGUUGGUGCCUUGGCUAGGUUUGUUUCAAUUUGUUUAUAGUUUAUUGUUUAUAGUUUUCUUAUUAGCAGGGAAAAAGUGUAGAAAAAACGGGAAAGUUUACGGAAUAACGGUUUUAUUAUUUUUGAUUUUGGUUUUGAUUUUUUUUUGUAAUUCAGUUAAAAAUAAUCCAAAGAAUUUGUAAAAAAUACUUAUUAUGUCCUUUUCUAGACUUAGAAUAUUUUUACAAUAUUCUGAUGAUUUUUUAGCUAUUUAUAAGCUAUUUAUAUAUUAUAUAUAAUAUUAUAUCUUUUAGUUAUGUAUAUCUGUAACAUAAAUUUCACUACUGAAAUUUUAUUUUUUUUACAAGAUAGAUAUACAAUUAUAUAUAUUUAUAGAUGUCAGUCUUGUAAAGUAUUUGAGUAAAUAUAUUUAAAUAAAUGUAUUUAAAUUCUAUCUUGGAUGUAUUUGUAUUUGAAUUUCAAAUACUUCUAUGUAUAUACUUUUCUUAAUCUAUUUAGAAUUUAAAAUCCCGUAUGGUUAUUUAAUAUUUUAAGUUAUAAAAUAAUAGGUUAAUUAUAGUUUAUAUUUCGUGGUUAGGAUCUUAUGAUAUCGUAUUCGUUAUAAACUUAGUAGAACGAAGUAAAACAAACGCAAAUUGACAGUGUACCUAAUGACGAGCAUUUGAUAAGCAUUUGACAUGUAGUUUUUGUAGUUUUAUUUGGAUAAAAUUGUGUUGAUGGAUCAUACAUUUUUAAAAAUUUAAUACAAGGUUCAUUAUAAGUUUUACUUUUUAUUUAAAAGAAAAAUAAUAUAGUAAUUAUAUUUAUAGACAACUUUAAGGUUAAAUUUUGAGGAAACUCAUACAAAUUACGACAUUUUAAAAUAUGUUUAACCGAACUUCGCUCAGAAUUGUACUUCGUCAGCAAUGAUUUAUCGUUGCGCACAGGUAUAUAUUAAAUAAUAAUAUGUAUCUUACCUUCCCAACUUCCCACCUACAACGUUUCCACACUUAUCAGUAAUAUCAGCUCUUUUUUUUUGUUUUAGCUAACAUUGCGGCAAAUGCUCUAGUCCAAGGUAACACUAUUAUAGUAAACGGCAAAAAACACUUUAAUGUCCAAGAUGUAGCCAUUGAUUUUCAAAUUGGCCAUGCAAGUAUUUAUCUUAGUGAUUUGUUCGAAGGCGACAGUGAACUAGGUAAUGAUUUAUUGGUUUAUUAUAUAAUAUUGUAUUUGUAUUUUACAUAUAAUAUUAUGUAUACCUGUAACAUAAAUUUCACUACUGAAAUUCUAUUUUUUUUUUUACAAUAUAAAUAGAUAUACAGUUAUAUAUAUUUAUAGAUGUCAGUCUUGUAAAGUAUUUGAGUAAAUAUAUUUAAAUAAAUGUAUUUAAAUGCUAUCUUGGAUGUAUUUGUAUUUGAAUUUCAAAUACUUCCAUGUAUAUAAUUUUCUUAAUCCAAGAAUUCAAAAUCCCGUAUGGUUAUUUAAUAUUUUAAGUAAUAAAAUAAUAGGUAAAUUAUAAUUUAUAUUUCGUGGUUAGGAUCUUGUAAUAUCGUAUUCGUUAUAAAUCUAGUAGAACAAAGUCAAACAAACGCAAAUUGACAAUGUACCUAGUGACGAAUGAGACAGAAAUUAAACUACUAUGGGAGGCUUACAACAAACAUUUUCAUAUUAACACUUUGAAAAAACUAUGCUGCUAUACAGCAAUACAACAUUUUGAGAAUGAUUUUAAAUCCUAUUUCAUUAACAUUUGUUUAAUUCUCUUAAAGUAUUAAACUGUUUCAGAAUUAAUAUACAGCACAUUUUAGAUUCUGAGUGGAGUGAAAAAGCUUAUAAUUUAUAAAGAUGUAUUUUUUUUUAUCUGUGAACAACUUUUCUACCAGCAACUUGCUCAGAUUGUUAAUACAUUUUUAAGUGAAGCACUUUUUCUGAAAGGAAAUCGGCGUGGGGAGGUACUUAAGGGUGGUCAUUUUUCGAUUUUCUCAAGAGUUUUGUCAUCAAAUAAAAAAAACCGAAAAAAAACAAGAAAAUGUACGAAACAUAAUAAAUAUAAUCUUACGAUUUUUCUUUUUUGUUGACAACUUUUUUACUAGCAAUUUUGCUCCAAAUUUUAAUGAUUGUUAUGUUUCUAAAUGAAAAUUUCACUAAAGAGGUACUUUAAAAAUGGGAAACUAUAAGAAAUGUAGAUAAUUAGUUAAAAUAUAUUACGGCCUUUUUUUCUGUGUACAACUUUUGUGCCAGCAAUUCGCUCCAAUUUUUAAUGAUAGCAAUGUUUCUAAAAGGAAGUUUCACUAGAGAGGUACAUUAAAUAGGUUAUUUUUCGAUUUUCCCAAGAGUUUUCCCAGCAAAUGUGAAAAACCGGAAAAAUCGUAGGAAAACUGGGAAAAUUGAUACAAAAUUAAACAAAUAUUAUUAAAAGAAAAUAUAUAAAGGCUAUUUAAUUAUUUUACUACAAAAUGACAUAUAUAUAUUGUUGAAAAAGCAUCACUGUCAACUGAACUAUACUCAGAAUCGUUUUUACGUAAGCAAGGUUUAUCGUUGCUUACAGAUAUUUUUAACAAAUUUAUUUUCUCCGUACUUAUUCAAUACAAUUUUUAUUAGGUGAAGCAAUGAACACGUUCUUGAAUGAUAAUUGGAGACACGUCGCGCAAGAGUUCAAACCUAUACUUGAAGAAACGAUCGGUGAUCUGUUCAAAAAAUUCGCCAAUAAAUUAUAUCAUAAAUAUCCAAUUGACGAUAUACUACCAAUAUAAAAAAUGAUUAUCUACUAUAAUAUAGUUAAUAUUUCAGAUUAAGUAUACGUAUAAAUAUUUGACAUGGAUUUUAUAUAAUAAUAAUUAUUUAUUUUUUCGGCCAAGUUACAAUUAUACACUUUUUUUUUACAGUAAUUUUGGCCUUAUUCAUCAC